AUGAGCGACCCGGAGAGAGAUCACGCGCUGGAGGAGUACAAGAACAAGCUGCUGGACUCGCGAGAAUGGGAGGCGAAGCUCAAGGCGCUGCGGUUAGAGAUCAAGUGCCUACAACACGACUUUGACGUAUCAGAAGACAACAUCAAGGCGCUGCAAAGUGUCGGUCAGAUCAUCGGAGAAGUGCUUAAGCAGCUUGACGAGGAGCGCUUCAUCGUCAAGGCAUCAUCGGGACCUCGAUAUGUUGUUGGAUGUCGGUCAAAGGUGGACAAGGUCAAGCUGAAGCAGGGCACACGAGUCGCACUCGACAUGACGACACUCACAAUCAUGCGCAUGCUUCCCCGAGAAGUCGAUCCGUUGGUGUACAACAUGUCGUUGGAGGAUCCCGGACAGGUGUCGUUUGGUGGGAUCGGUGGACUGAAUGACCAGAUCAGAGAACUCCGAGAGGUCAUCGAGCUGCCGCUGAAGAAUCCCGAGCUGUUUUUGCGAGUCGGCAUCAAGCCUCCUAAGGGUGUGCUGCUAUACGGCCCUCCUGGUACUGGCAAGACACUCCUCGCAAGAGCAGUCGCCAGCUCUUUGGAGACCAACUUCCUCAAAGUUGUAUCGUCCGCCAUCGUCGACAAGUACAUUGGUGAAUCGGCUCGCCUCAUUCGCGAAAUGUUUGGCUACGCGAAAGAACACGAACCCUGCAUCAUCUUCAUGGACGAAAUCGACGCCAUCGGUGGACGUCGUUUCUCCGAGGGUACUAGCGCUGAUCGUGAGAUUCAACGUACGCUCAUGGAGCUUCUCAACCAGCUUGAUGGUUUCGACUACCUCGGAAAGACCAAGAUCAUCAUGGCAACCAACCGACCCGAUACCCUCGACCCUGCGCUUCUCCGAGCCGGACGACUCGACAGAAAGAUCGAGAUUCCACUGCCGAACGAGGCAGGUCGAUUAGAGGUGCUCAAGAUUCAUGCGGAGAGCGUGCAAAAGGAGGGCGAGAUUGAUUUUGAGAGCGUGGUGAAGAUGAGCGAUGGCCUGAACGGAGCAGAUCUGAGGAAUGUGGUGACAGAAGCUGGACUGUUUGCGAUCAAGGACUACCGGGAGUCGGUCAGCCAAGAUGACUUCAACAAGGCAGUCCGGAAGGUCGCUGAGAGCAAGAAGCUUGAGGGCAAGCUUGAGUACCAGAAGCUGUAA